ACGCCACGCCAUCAAAAAUGCGCCCCUCAACAACCACCCUCUCAAUCAUCAGCACAACCAUCCUCCUCCUCAACCCCAUCCUCGCCGAAGAACUCGACGCGAAAAACGUCCCCGCAGCAUGCACCACGAUCUGCGCUCCCAUUAUUUCCCUGACCAGCACCUGCGACGUCGACAAUGACACCGACAAGACCGAGUCCGACGACGCGAUAGAAUCGACUUGUAUAUGCACCAAUAAAUCCUUCGACGUGGCUUCGAUAUCGGCGCUGUGUGCGAGUUGUAUUGGUCAGAAUGGGGCGACGACUGAUGAUAUGGUGGAGAUAAUGUCAGCGUGCUCGUUUACAUCAAUGUCUUAUGCGCCUUCUGCAACGGCUCUGGUUGCGUCGGUGUCGGUGUCUGCGACGAAACCGACUGCUACGGGGGCGGCUAUGGGGACAACGACUGGGUCGGCGAGUAUGGAGACGUCGACGCCGAGUUCGGGGGCGGUGAUGGAUUGGCAGGUUGGAGGUUUGGGGUAUUUUGCUACAGUGUGUGUCGCGUUGGGUUUUGGUUGGGGGAUUAUGUAGCUGUAAGGAUUGUCCGGAU